AUGGCGCUGAGCGGCCAGGUCGGUGCCUAUGGGGAGGGUGGAGAAAGACUUUGAACCCGGCCUCCUGCCGGCGUGGGGAGGGGUGGUCCCUAGGGGAGAAGGAAGGGGGUCGUGCCUGGGGGGCAGCAGCACAGCCCCAUGGGGAGCGAGGGUGGGUUUGUGGGUGACUUGUGGGGUGGGGUGGGGGGAGGAAGGGAAGUGUUGACCCCCCCAACCGACCGACCACGUCCCUGUGGGAUGCUUCAAAGGGGUCUGAAGGCAGGGUUUGGCUAUGGGGGGUGGGGAGGCCGGGGGUGGGGUUUGGGGGCACGACCCCUGGGUGAACAUAGGGUGCGUUGCAAGGGAGGGGGUGGGGGCCAGGUGAGCCAAGGGGGGGGGAGGGUGAUGGUGGUUUGGCCAGGUAAGGUGUUGCCCAAGGAGGAGGGGGGGGGAUCUGAGGAUGAGGGGGAAAGACGGGGUAGCUUUUGUUAGAAAUCAAUCCAUCAACUUGAAAGGCAGCUUUCUUAUACGGUUAUCAUGUAUUUUAUUAUACCCCGGCUUCCCACCCCCGGCAUAACUCAAGGCAGGUUACAGAUUUUAAAAAAUGAUAUGCACCCCUAAGAAAAUAGGAAAAACAGGAAUUGAAAGACCAUGAAGCAUGAUAUUUCUAAGGGAAUCAAUUUUGCUAUUUGUACAGCAUGAGGUGGGAACACCUAUAAGCAGAGCACAUGGUUACUACAGUGGUACCUCAGGUUAAGUACUUAAUUCGUUCCAGAGGUCUGUACUUAAUCUGUUCUUAACCUGAAGCACCACUUUAGCUAAUGGGGCCUCCCGCUGCCGCCGCACCGCCAGAGCACGAUUUCUGUUCUCGUCCUGAAGCAAAGUUCUUAACCUGAAGCACUAUUUCUGGGUUAGCGGAGUCUGUAACCUGAAGUGUAUGUAACCUGAAGCGUAUGUAACCCGAGGUACCACUGUAUUGCUAUUUGACUGCAUGCAAAAGGGCUGCUCUUGCAGACUUUGACAGCAACCAAGUGAAGGAAGAAACCACUAAGGAACAUCAGCAAGAUCUUCACCUUUGUAAGGUAAAGGUAAAGGGGCCCCUGACCAUCCAGAUGGAGAUGUCAGUCGCCAAACUUGCACCCAGAGCUCUCCACGUGGUUGCAGUUGGACCCGUGCCAGUCGCAAAACACAUUUGGUAUCUGGCUCAUCUGGCUAAUUUCUAACAUUAGCCAGGGUAGAAAAUCCUGUAGUGAAUAGGAAGCUAUCAGGAUCGGAUGUGGGGGAAGAUAUUCGAAUGCUGGCUGGCGGGGGAAGAGGUUUAGUUAGAAUUUUGUGCUGUGCAUAAGCAGAUUUUGUCACUGCUAGUAUGUUCAGUAGCUAUCAGUGUCAUCUCCAGCCUGCCUUACCUAGAACAGAGGUGCUGAAACAGUUUUCUUUAGAUGACUGGUGGUCUACAAGAUCUGUUCAGCUGGUCUGCGGAAAGGUUGUGGAACAGUUGGGAAUAUCUGUACAGUGGUACCUCUGGAUGCGAAUGGGAUGGGAUCCGUUCUAGAGGCCUGUUCGCAUCCUGAAGCGAACGCAACCCACAUCUGCGCAUGCACGAGUUGCGAUUCGCUGCUUCCGCGCAUGCGUAUGACGUCAUUUUGAGCGUCUGCACAUACGCCAGCGGCAAAACCAAGAAGUAACGCGCUCUGUUACUUCCGGGUCGCUGCGGAGCACAACCCGAAAAUAUUCAUCCUGAAGCUAUUUCAACCCGAGGUUUGACUGUACUUGGCUCUGCACUGAUUUCUCCCCCAUUUGACCAGGGUCUGGUUUUAAAACAGGGCCCUGAUCCAGGGCCUGUGAUUUUUUCAUAAUAGCUUUGACUAUGGUACCGGUAGCUGAAGGAAUAUGUUUUAUAUUUCUUUAUCCAUCACAUUAGAAAGGUAAGACUACAAUUAUUAAAAUACAAGCUGAGUUAGGUAUGUGCUUUGAUUUAUAGAACAAAAAAUGUUUAUUAAGCAGUCCACUGAGAAACCCCACCCUCUAGUGAUCUGUGGAAAAAAUAAGCUCAUUAUCCACUAACGUAGAGAAAACUCUGACUCCUUUUAAUAGCCCCAAUGCUUUCAUUUGCACAGUCUCAACAACAUAUCCUUCAGGGUGUGAUCAUGGCUCUGUGAUCUUCAUUUUUUGUCUUUUAAGAAACACCCAGACUGCUUUGGACAAAAUUACAGGAGGCAUAAGUAUCUUGAGCAAUCGCCCCACCACAGGAUACAAAAUAAAGAUGGAAUGAAUCUUUGAUUCUUAGUUUGGUGCACUAGAUAUUCCAACAGAACCGCUGUCCAUAGAUGGCAAAAAAGUGCCAUUGAGAUUGUCAAAGACAAAAAUACAUGAUUGAUCAUUUAUGUGGAUUCCUAAGGCACCGUGCAAGGUAGCAUUUACUAGAUGCUUUGCUUUAUUUCUUAAGGCAAGGUGUGCAUUGCAUGUGUCUCUUGUUUUACCAUGUCAGGAACACUGAAGUUCCCUAAUUGCUUGGCUGUCAUGACUGACCCACGGUGUUUUUGGCCAAAUAAGCAAAGCAGGCCACACGUUGAUAUGAUUUCUACAAUGGUUAGGAAGGAGGUGAUGGGGGAGGGAAUUAAUGAUGUCUCCUUUGUUACUGGUGACUCAUUCUUUGUUAGCCAGCCUGUUAAGCUGCUCUUCCCCCAACAGCUGAUGGAUCCUGCUGGCUUCAUAUCAACCCUACAGAUAACUUUUGCUGGUAUGACCAGCUGCUUUACUGAAGACCUAGUCAUUUCUUUGAAUAGGGAACUAGCAUGUGUGGUUGACACAAUAAGACCGAUGUAAAACUGACAGCUGAAAAAGGGUGCCUAGAAGCAUGAAGUCAAUUAAAAGCGAAGGAUAAGAAGCUCAGCUGAAAGUUUUUUUAUUAUUAUUUAUUAGCAGAUUUAUACCCAUCCCUUCUAAUGCCUUUACAUUGCUCAGGGCAACUAACAGCAAACCAAUAAAAACACAAAAUCAUCCUAAAAGCUAACAACAUGCAGUUAUUGCAUGCGCUAAAUUGUACCUUUAUUUAGGCUUUUUCUGUGCUUCGGAACAUAAUAUUGAUGCUUUUUUCAUUCUACUGGAUGUGCUUGUAUUGGUGCAGAAGUUAAAAUGUGGCUCAUCUGUAUUGCUUGCUGAUAUCCUUGCUAAGAACAUAGGAUGAGCUUAUUUACGUUCUUAAGCAGGAGUGCCUUCAAGAUUGCUGAACAGAGAUUAGUUAUAUGUUAAUUAUUUAGAGAUCCCAAGUAAGUGCUCUUGAUUUGUAAAUAUAAAAUGCAUCAGUGGACUAAGAAGAUUGUAAUGUAUUUUUAACUGAUUAGCAAGUCUGAAAUCCCUACAUUAAUUGCUUUAUAUUAAAAAUGUAUAAAUUGUACUUUAUCCAGAAAUGAAUAACACAGACGUAACAAUGCGGCAAAAAUAGACGGAUAAAGCUAGUCAACCAUCUAAAAAUAUAUUAAUCUAAAAUGCCUUGGCAUAUAAAAAAGUUUUUGCCUGGCGCUGAAACCCAAUAUUGCAUUGGUUCUAUGUGUCCUUCCCAUGGGAGGGUAUUAUUCCAUGGGAUGCCACUGCAUGCCACUGCAGAGAAGGCAGUGGAGUGAAUUCUCUCUUUCUUUUUUACAAAAAUGUUAUUGAUUUGCCACAUUUUUAAACAAACAAACAAACAAACAAACAAACACAAAUCAUAACUAAACUUAGUCCAAUGUUAAUAUCAUAGUUAAAUGACUUCCUCAAAUUCCCUUGACUGAAUUUCAUUAUAUAUCAUUGUAACAGUUUUCCAAAAGAAGUUUCUCAUAAAAUUAACUUACUCCUUAACAUCUUUGUCUCUUUUCAUCUUAACUUUAAACAUAUUGUUUUGUAAUUUCACAUAUUUAAAUCCUUAGCCUAUCUGUUAUUUUGCAAGUGUUUCUAUUUAAUUUAUCUUAGCAUAUUUAGAUAAAUAGUCUUUGAAUUUCUUCCUGCUCCUCCUUCUGGUCACGAAUUCUACUGGUCAUGUUGGCUAGCUCCGAAAAGUCCAUCAUCUUCAUCUGCAAAUUCCUCCACUGUUUCCUCUGUUUUCCAAUUUUUGGCUAAUAAAAUUCGAGCUGCAGUUGUGGCAUACAAAAACAGUCUAACUUCUUUUUUGGGCAAUUCCAAACCUAUUAUUCCAAGAAAAAAGGCCUCUGGUCUCUUAACAAAUGUAUAUUUCAACAUUUUUUUCAACUCAUUAUAAAUCUUCUCCCAGAAGUCUUUCACCUUGGGACAGGUCCACUACAUAUGAUAAAAGGUACCCUCCUUUUGGAGUGAAUUCUCAGCAGAGUGCUGUGCUGUUUUCUCUUCUGCUUAAUGUUGGGUUUUUGCAGGAGGUAGAAGUGGGGUGCUGUUGGAGCUUUCUUUGCAAGAGAAAAGGUGUUUCUUACAUUCACAGAGAAUGGGGAAGGAGAGGUUCUUUCUCUCCUGCAUGUUGGCUUUUGCAUGAAGGACCUGCACUAGAGAGCAAUAGGAAGGGGAAGGGGAACCCGGCGUAAGAGUAAAACCGCCCUCUCCUUCCCCGGGUUCUCUGCAUUGGCCGCAGAACUCUGCAAAGCGAGGAGCCAGUGGCUAACAAGUAAAAUCAGAAGUUAUGGACCCUUGCUAAAGGAUCAGAAAAAACUGAAUAUAUUUCCUUCCAAAUAUAUAAGAGGCUAAAAUAUUACUAUUUUUCAUUAGCAGGGACAUGGGGGAGGGUUGGGUGGAAAAGACCGAAAGCUUCCCCCACCCUGCUAGAUAUUGCCUAGUUAAGAAAUACAGUGGUACCUCGGGUUAAGUACUUAAUUCGUUCCGGAGGUCCGUUCUUAAGCUGAAACUGUUCUUAACCUGAAGCACCGCUUUAGCUAAUGGGGCCUCCCGCUGCUGCUGCGCCGCCAGAGCACGAUUUCUGUUCUCAUCCUGAAGCAAAGUUCUUAACCCAAGAUACUAUUUCUGGGUUAGCGGAGUCUGUAACCUGAAGCGUAUGUAACCCGAGGUACCACUGUAGAGUCAAACCUUGGUUGUCAAACGUAAUCCAUUCCGGAAGACCGUUUGACUUCCGAAAUGUUCGAAAACUGAAAGCAGAAGCCUCAAUACAGUAGGGAGAAACUCAAAACGGAAGCCACAUUGGACGUUCGGUUUCCAAAAAUAUUUCGAAAACCGGAGCAGUUACUUCCGGGUUUUUGGCAUUUGGAAGCUGGAACAUACGAUAACGGAGGCGUUUGAGAACCGAGGUUUGACUGUAUUACUGAAGGUCAUCGUGUUUUUAUGUAAACUGCUUAUUUUUAUUAUGGUAAGUAGUUAUAUAUAUAUAUAUAUAUAUAUAUGAUAAAAUAGAACUCUCUAUAGAAUAGAACUCUCUCUCUAUAUAUAUAUAGUAAAUAAAAUAGAACUAACUAAAUAAAAAAGCUGCCUAUUAUGCCAACAUUUCUGAACCCUUGCUAUUAAUGAAAAAUGCUAGAUCCACACAGUCCUAGCUUACAGUAAUGGAGAGAGUUCUGUGUGCUUUAUAGUUUUUACAGAGCAGGAUUAUUUUGUCAUUUAAAUGAUAAUUAGGGUAUUCAUUUCCCAUUACCUUCGAUAUCCAUUUCCCGGCAGGCAAUUAACGUGCGGUUAUGUUCUUCCUAGGUUUCGGAAAGGAAGAAGAUGCCCAGUAAUGCUGUUCUCUUGGAAUCUAAAUCCUCACCCAUCAACCUUCUCAAUGAAAUGCACCAGCUGCGUCUCCUGGGACACCUUUGUGAUGUGACUGUCAGCGUGGAAUAUCAAGGGGUCAAGGCAGACUUUGUUGCUCAUAAAGCUGUCCUGGCGGCAACCAGCAAGUUUUUUAAAGAGGUGUUUCUCAAUGAAAAGUGCAUGGACGGACUAAGGACAAAUGUACUAUUGAACGAGGUCCAGGUAGCGGACUUUGCAUCUUUUCUUGAGUUUGUAUAUACUGCCAGGGUAGAGGUAGAAGAAGACCGGGUUCAACGCAUGCUGGAAAUGGCCGAGAAGCUAAAGUGCUUGGACUUGUCGGAAACCUGCUUUCAGCUCAAGAAGCAGAUGCUCGAAUCGGUGUUGUUGGAGUUGCAGAAUUUUUCCGAGUCACAGGAUGCGGCGGAGGACAGCGGUUCCCAGCCAGGCAACUUGCUUGAGCUGAGGGCAGUCACUGAGACGCCGGGGGACAACACGGACCGUGUUGCGGAUUCUCCUCUCGGCAGACCCAGGGACGGCGAGGGCCUUGAGGCUCCCGCCGCUAAAUUAAAGGAGAAGUUAGACAAGAAGAAAGAAGCCUUGAAGACGUCCUGCGCCAAGAUCAGGAGAGCCAGUGGAAGACUGGCUGGCAGAAAGGUGUUUGUGGAGAUCCCCAAGAAAAAGUACACGAGGCGCCUUCGAGAGCAGCAAAAGUAUGCGGAGGCUGUGGCCGAGGAGAGUCGGCUCUCCAAAGACCACGGCAUCCAUAAGGAAGGGGAGGAGAAGAAAGAUGAAGACGAAGAGGAGAAAGGACAAGUGGUGAGCGUCGUGAAAUCUGAAAGCAAAGGGUGCGAUGGCGCCGACGACCUGGAGGAAAACCUGACCAAACUGGAGGACGAUAAAAAGAACCGUGGCGGCAACUUUACCUGCAGCACCUGCGAGAGAGAGUUCCUGUACGAGAAGAGCUUUCUGAAGCACAUCAGGCACAGCCACGGGAUCGCGGCCGAAGUCAUUUACCGUUGCGAAACCUGCAGCCAGACUUUUGCCAACCGGUGCAACCUCAAAAGCCACGAGCGCCACGUCCACAGCAGCGAGCGCCACUUCCCUUGCGAGCUCUGUGGUAAGAAGUUCAAGAGGAAGAAGGACGUCAAGAGGCACAUUCUGCAGGUUCAUGAGGGUGGUGGGGAGCGUCAUCACUGCCUACAAUGUGGAAAGGGUUUGAGCUCCAAAACGGCCUUGCGGCUUCAUGAAAGGACACAUACAGGCGACAAGCCUUAUGGGUGCACAGAGUGUGAGGCUAAGUUUUCUCAGCCUUCGGCACUUAAAACACACAUGAGGUAUGGACACACUUAACUGGCCUUCUUAGUUAAAUCUCUGGGCAAAGAAAGGAAAAGGUAGCGUUCCUCCAAGGCUGCUUGUCAAAUAAGAAAGCAGGGUUUUAUGAGUAGAGUUUACCAUAUUUUUUGCUCUAUAAGACUCACUUUUUCCCUCCUAAAAAGCAAGGGGAAAUGUAUGGAGCGAAUGCAGGCUGCGCAGCUAUCCCAGAAGCCAGAACAGCAAGAGGGAUUGCUGCUUUCGCUGCGCAGCGAUCCCUCUUGCUGUUCUGGCUUCUGAGAUUCAGAAUAUUUUUUUUCUUGUUUUCCUCCUCCAAAAACUAGGUGCGUCUUGUGGUCUGGUGCAUCUUAUAGAGCGAAAAAUACGGUACUCGUGAAAUGUUUGGUAGUGUUUGCUCUUUGCUUUCGAAGAAAAAGUUUGAGACUGUCGUGCAGAUGGCACCAAAUCACAGGCUCGGACUCCUAUUGAGUUGCCUUUAAAAGAGUUGGGAGUAAAUUGAAGCCUUUAGAGGAGAACUGGGAAAGGUAGUCUUGAUUUCAUCACACCGAUACUCAGAAUUGUAGUUAAAACAAGUGGCAAAAAAGACUUCAAACAAUCCAGUCUGACUUUUGCCAGCUAAUUUGGAUAAAACACAUUACAGUGGUUCAUGAUAUGAGUCCUUGGGAGUAAUAAUGGUAACUUGAAUGCUUUCUACCUCCACAUAUAGAGCAUUCGAAUUCAAUGGGAGGUGGCAGGUUCUGGUAAUUGAAAUUGAAUUCUGCAGUCAUUGUUUCAGGUGUUACUUGAGCACAAACAGUAGCAUAAUCCUUUGGUUCCAGACAGGACCUCUCUUUCUCCCACUCAUCUUCUGAAACUUUUUGCGAUAGGCUUGACAGCAAAACUUCAUCACUGUUGAUGGGUCAGUUUGCCCCUUGAAAAAUUCAACGGCAUGUGUGUUCUUCAGCUGGCAAUGUCAUGGGCAAAUAUUUUCUCUUGAUGAAAGCCAAAGGUCUCCUGAAGCUUUGCCAGGGCUACUUUCAGUGCCCUGCAUCAUCAAGGAAAGAGCCACAGGGACCUUUGCGGUCUCAAAUCUCCAGUAGUAGAAGUGGCACUUCUUUGCAAGACAAGGACUUUGAAUUCUUUGAUUCUAUUAUUGUUCACUAGAUGGGCUUACUGCUUUCAAUUCUCCCCACUGUGAAACAGCUUUUGAAACCUGCAGAGUGAGGAAUUGAGUCCUUCCCUAUGACUUACCUUUCUUUUUAGAUAGAAGCUGCUGUAAAAUAUCUUUUGUGUGUGUGUAUCUGUGGGAUGGGUAGUCUCUAUAAAACACAGAAAAGAAACUUAUGGGCUUGCAGGGCCCCUAGAUACUUCAGGUUCAAUUCUUAGUUCAGAUAUUUGGGAUGGAAUUCAUGUUUGAUUAGGAGGGUGAAGCUCCUUCAUUGUUAUCGUGCAUCAUGCAACAGUAAUAUUUUUAGUGGUAUGUUUUGUAAAAACUGUAUGGGCUUGUAGAGGGAGGGCGAUCUCUACCCCAUCUUUUGGUAUGUUGAAGAAUUCUUCUGCCUCCUUGAGGAGCCAGGAAUAUCAACCAUUGUAGAGCAGUGUUUGGUCACAGCAGGGAAAAAAACAACAGGGUGUGCAGGUAAGGACAUAGCUUGUGAUUAAUUUUAUAUGUGUUAUUGUUUUAAGUUGAGGGAAUGAAAUCCAAAAGGUAACUGUUCUAAGGCUUCCACAAGCAAAACAUCUCUCUCCUCUGCACACACGGUUUUGAAAAGCCAAAAUAUUUGUGAUCCAGGGAAACACUUUUGGAUCCCUCUCCCCGCCCCGGGGGAUCCAGUUUCACUGGAAAUACAUUGUCGUUCCUGUUGAUCUAAGAUUGUAGGUAGCUUUACACAAAACAAGAAAAAAAUACAUUCUUUAGUAUAAAUAAGUACAAAUAGUAUCUGAAAAUUACAGCUUUUUUGUUUUAGUCUAAUUUAAAGCAUCUAAUUUUUUGGUUCUGCUUCUAUUUUACCUUACUUUCCAUUGCCUUACCAUUAUUGCUGGCUGGGCCCAAAAGACAGCAAACAUGCAGGAGACUGCUUUUGUUCAGCUGGGAGCCCCAUACACUAGCAUAUGCUGUGCACUUGGCUUUCGGGGGUGCAGGGGAGAGAGAAAGAGUCCCAUCCAUAGAUAGGCAAAGACAACCUCAAGAAAGAAAGUGCCCACCACUAGUUACUGCUUAGUAAAGAGGCAGAACAAGUGACUAUGUUAAAGUGCUGUAGUUGUGUUGAUUUGUAUUAUUUUCUCAUUUCAGAAUCCAUACUGGUGAAAAGCCUUUCGUUUGUGGCGAUUGUGGAGCAAAAUUCACGCAGAAUCACAUGCUGAUCUAUCAUAAAAGAUGCCACACAGGUAUAAAAGUAUUGCUUUUUUUUGCUUUGUACUCUUUCACUCAGUGUGUCUGAUUUCCUGUACGUCUGAGAGUUUGGCCACAUUGUUCCCAAAGAGCAAGUAAUUUGGGACAGGUGAGCAGUUUCUGUCUUCGCUCCAAAGUGUUGCAGGUUUAUUCUGUGAUGCUACACUGGUGCAAUGCAGCCCCUUAGACAAUUAUUGCUGGACCAGUAGCUGUUAAAAGAGGUGAGGGGAGAGUUAAAACUGCCAAUGCACUGUUUGGUUGAAGUGUACCUUGGCUUUCUCAAUCCCUAUCCUUGUUCCAAAUCUUACUGUUAGUGGCUUAAACUAACCUCUUCACCUUUAUUGUGUCCUCUAGGGGAACGGCCUUUCAUGUGUGAAACGUGUGGGAAGAGCUUUGCCUCUAAGGAGUAUCUGAAACACCACAACCGAAUCCACACGGGGUCCAAGCCAUUUAAAUGCGAAGUUUGCUUCCGAACAUUUGCACAGAGGAAUUCACUGUAUCAGCACAUAAAAGUUCAUACAGGUAGGAAGGCAAAAGGGUCAAGCUGAGGGCGGGACGGGGAGCCUCCUGUUUGCAAAAUUUUGGUGUGAACUAAAGGGACGCGGGUGGCGCUGUGGGUUAUACCACAGAGGCUAGGACUUGCCGAUCAGAAGGUCAGCGGUUCGAAUCCCCGCAGCGGGGUGAGCUCCCAUUGCUCGGUCCCUGCUCCUGCCAACCUAGCAGUUCGAAUGCAUGUCAAAGUGCAAGUAGAUAAAUAGGUACCGCUCUGGCGGGAAGGUAAACAGCGUUUCCGUGCGCUGCUCUGGUUCGGCAGAAGCGGCUUAGUCAUGCUGGCCACAUAACCCGGAAGCUGUGCGCCGGCUCCCUCGGCCAAUAAAGCGAGAUGAGCGCCGCAACCCAAGUCUGUCACGACUGGACCUAAUGGUCAGGGGUCCCUUUACCUUUAACUUUAAAAAGAGGGGCUCUUACCAGUUCACUGUAUACAGUGGUACCUCGGGUUAAGUACUUAAUUCGUUCCGGAGGUCCGUACUUAACCUGAAACUGUUCUUAACCUGAAGCACCACUUUAGCUAAUGGGGCCUUCUGCUGCUGCCGCGCCGCCAGAGCACGAUUUCUGUUCUUAUCCUGAAGCAAAGUUCUUAACCUGAAGCACUAUUUCUGGGUUAGCGGAGUCUGUAACCUGAAGCGUAUGUAACCUGAGGUACCACUGUACAAAGGUUUAGUUUCGCUGGUGAUUCUGUUUUAUAAAACACAUGGCAAAAGCUGAUUCGAGAAAGGAUUAUAACAGAUCUCUGCUGAAAUACACCCCCUGGCUCAGUCAUUCUCUUGCACUCAGAUUUGUUUUUUGGUCACGUGUUUCAUCACUAAGGAGACGUUGCUAACUCUCCGCACCUUUAGUAAUCUUGUCACUAAACUCUGUUUCCUCCAGUUGAUUUGCCAUGUUUAGCUUUGACUUCCCCACCCAAUUCUUUCCUGAGGAAAUUUUACUCUUUGGCACAGCACCUUCGAGUAUAUUACCGGGCGUGGGGGUGACCUGAAAAUGAGCAUUUUCCACCAUUGUCCCUGCACUCUUGAAAGCCCAUCCCUCUGCCAUAUGUGAUACAUCAUGCAGCAGUUGUUCCAGAUGUCUUAUAAAGACAUAUCUUUUCCCCAGGCUUUUCCUAACCUAUAAAAUAUUGGAACCUGUUAUUACGGAAUUACAGUGGUACCUCGGAAGUCGAACGGAAUCUGUUCCGGAGGUCCGUUGGACUUCCAAAACUUGGUUUCCAUUUGGAAACCAAGGCGCAGCUUCCGAUUGGCUGCAGGAAGCUCCUGCAGCCAAUCGGAAGCCGCGUCAGACAUUCGGGUUCCAAAGAACGUUCGAAAACUGGAACGUUCACCUCCGGUUCUGCAGCGUUCGGGAUCCAAGGUACAACUGUACUGUUUUUCAAAAUACAGACAUAAAGACAGUGAAACAGUCUCUCUCUCUUUAGGAUAUUGUAUCUUUGUGUACCACUUUUUAAAAUGUUAAGUGGUUCAGAAAUGCUUCCGAUUACAUCAUUGUGCUUUCCGAUUAUCCCUCUGCCCUGGCCUUCUCUGAUCAGAGUAAGGACAUCCAAGUUUCUGUUUGCCAGGUCGCCAGCCUGUAGGAAGCUUUCUGCUUUAGCCAUGUGCAUGUCGUGUUAUUCUUGGGCCUUUCCUAAGCAAGGCUUCCGUGUCAGCGUCCAGUUAGAAACUGGUAUCUAACGACGUUGUUCAGAUCCUACAUAAACCAGCUUCAGCCUCUUCCAAAGUGCCUUGCAGACUCAAAUUCAUUUCAUGUUUUUGAGGACUGUUGUUUAUACCUGGGGAAACCUGCCUGCUCCAGUGAGUUGUAUGUUGGCCUUGGCCCUAUACUUUAAAAUCCCAAGUCUGGGAGUUCCUGAGGCCACACUGAAACCCUCUAUGUCAGGUCUUCAUCUUUACAAUAGGAAUAAGAGAGGAUUGGACGUUAUUCUGCAUGUUGCUAAUGCAGUUAGGAUCGCGAUUAGUAAUUAAAGAUUUCUUUCCAGUUAGUGCUUUCAGCUCUGGUGAAAAUAAUUCUUUCCUUGAGCUAUUUGCGUCUACCAUCAUAAUGACUUUUUAGUUGGUCUUUCCUAUUCUAACUUAAGCCUUUUGUUUGUUUUCAUAUUCCAUCUCCCUCUUUCUUUUCCUUCCAGGUUAAUAUUAAUAUUUCUCUGCUUUUGUUUUCUCUUCACUUGCUACAUUUUCCUCUUUAUGAUUUCUUUUACCUACUUUCAAAUGUAUUCCUUCUCUACCUCCUGUUUAUUUUUCAUCUCUGAUUUUUCCAUUUUGUCCCCUGUUGGUUGUUAAACCCUGUGUCUUUCUCUAUUCUAUUCUCUGUUGUGCUUUUUUUUCUUUAUUGCUCCUUAACUAUGGAACUCUCUACUAGCUAAUGUUUGUGUAGUUCAUUCUCCUUUUUUAAAAGCACAGCAUACUAAUUUAUUUUAGCAGGCCUAUGCUUAAUCAUUCUUGACCUCUAAAUUUCUAGCAUUAUUUUUAGUUUAAAUUAGAUUGUAUUCCUGCUCAGUAAGGCUUGUCGUCCUAUGUGUUUUGAACAAUACUUAGUUCCCACAGGUACUUCACAAAUAAAGUAUAAUAAUGCCGUUCAUUUUACAAACGUAUCUGACAGUAAUUUCUGCUGGAGGACAGAAUAACUGUCUGUUUGGUGUACCGGUAGAUAGAUUUAAAAAACAAAGUAUAAUUGAUUCCAGAAAGGCUUUUAUUAAUACAAAAGCAUGAAAACAUUUUAUCCCAUUUUCAGCUCAGUUCAGUGUUAAGUUGGGAAUACACAAUUGAAGUUCAUGACACAUUCUUAUCAUCAGAAGUUCUGACUUGUACUCUUGAGGUCAUUGUAUUCUGGCUGAUCUUAAGUUGUAUUUGGUGCAGCUACAAAGGGACGCGGGUGGCGCUGUGGUCUAGGGCUUGCCAAUCGGAAGGUCGGCAGUUCGAAUCCCCGCGAUGGGGUGAGCUCCUGUUGCUCGGUCCCUGCUCUUGCCAACUUAGCAGUUUGAAAGCACAUCAAAGUGCAAGUAGAUAAAUAGGUGCCGCUCCAGCGGGAAGGUAAACAGCGUUUCCGUGCGCUGCUCUGGUUCGCCAGAAGCGGCUUAGUCAUGCUGGCCAUAUGACCCAGAAGCUGUACACUGGCUCCCUCGGCCAGUAAAGCGAGAUGAGUGCUGCAACCCCAGAGUCGUCCGCGACUGGACCUAAUGGUCAGGGGUACAUUUACCUUUACCUUACAAAGGUGAAGAUCUUGCAGGUGUUCCUUAGUGGUUUCUUCCUUCACUUAAAGGUAAAGUUAAAGGGACCUCUGACCAAUAGGUCCAGUUGUGGCCGACUCUGGGGUUGCAGUGCUCAUCUCGCUUUAUUGGCCGAGGGAGCCGGCGUACAGCUUCCAGGUCAUGUGGCCAGCAUGACUAAGCCGCUUCUGGCGAACCAGAGCAGCGCACGGAAACGCCGUUUACCUUCCUGCCAGAGCGAUACCUAUUUAUCUACUUGCACUUUGACGUGCUUUCGAACUGCUAGGUUGGCAGGAGCAGGGACUGAGCAACGGGAGCUCACCCCGUCGCGGGGAUUUGAACCGCGACCUUCUGAUUGGCAAGUCCUAGGCUCUGUGGUUUAACCCACAGUGCCACCCGCGUCCCUCUUCCUUCACUUGGUUGCUGUCAAAGUCUGCAAGAGCAGCCCUUUUGCAUGCAGUCAAAUAGCAAUAGUAACCAUGUGCUCUGCUUAUAGGUGAGCGUCCCUACUGUUGUGAUCAGUGCGGCAAACAGUUCACCCAGCUCAAUGCCCUGCAACGCCAUCAUCGGAUUCACACAGGGGAGAAACCGUUCAUGUGCAACGCUUGUGGCCGGACAUUUACCGACAAAUCUACUCUUCGGCGGCACACCUCUGUAAGGAAAUUUUGAUUUUCUGUUUCCUAACAAGCCACGUAACUUAAGGGUGCGGCAGCUUUGGCCCUCCAGAUGUUGCUGACUACAACUCCCAUCAACCCAGGCUGUUGGGUCACGCUGGCUGCAGCUGGUGAAUGGUUUGAGUCCCACAGCACCUAGAAGGCCAGAGGUUCUCUAUCCCCGAUGUAAGUGGUGUAGUUACUGGCAGAGAUGGAAAACAUUGUGUAAACCCCACAGAGCAUGGCUCCCCCUGAAGUUGGAGCAUUGAACUAGAGCAGGCUUCCUCAAACUUGGCCCUCCAGAUGUGAGAACCAGUGUGGUGUAGUGGUUAAGAGCGGCAGACUCCUAAUCUGGUGAACCGGGUUCGCUUCUCCUCUCCUCCACAUGCAGCUGCUGGGUGACCUUGGGCCAGUCACACUUCUUUGAAGUCUCUCAGCCCCACUCACCUCACAGAGUGUUUGUUGUGGGGGAGGAAGGGAAAGGAGAAUGUUAGCCGCUUUGAGACUCCUUCGGGUAGUGAUAAAGCGGGAUAGCAAAUCCAAACUCUUCUUCUUCUUCUUCUUCUUUUGCCUACAACUCCCAUGAUCCCUAGCUAGCAGGACCAGUGGUCAGGGAUGAUGGGAAUUGUAGUCUCAAAACAUCUGGAGGGCUGAGGUUGAGGAAGCCGGAAUUAGGGCCUUAGAUGGCUGGCUGUUUUAUGCAUAGGGAGUGAGCAGAAAAAUUCUUUGGCUAAUCCUAAGCUAGGGACGUUCCCAUUUUCCUGCAUUUAAGAACUAAAUUAUUGAGUAUGGGGUGUUGCAGAUGGCUACCAAAUCAGAUUUCAUGAAUGCCUUGGCAGUUUAGACCUCUGUGCCCUUGCAGAGUUUCAGCAUUGACACAUUCAAGCAAAUACCUAAACAUGCCUGUGGUACUUGCCCAUUUGCGUGUCAGUUUUUCCACGGUACUCAUGCCGUUGGGAAGUGAUUCCUAUUAGGGCCUCAGUUGUACACUCUAAUUUGUGCAGCCAGAAAGCCCAAAAGCUGUUCCUUGCCUUUAUUAAACAGUGAAAACAAAUUACUAAUAUAUAAUGAGAAAAUGCAGGUUUGGUCUUGCAUUUUUGAUCUUAUUAUGAACUCUUCUUGUACUUGUUUUUUUUUUUAAAAAAAUUCCCUCACUACUUCAUAACUUGGGAAGGCUACAUCCUCUAUUCUGCCUACAUUUUAAUUGCUCUCAGCCAUUGUUCAUAAGAGAAACAAGUUUAGGUUGUUGGAGCUAGUAAUAAUAAUAAUAAUAAUAAUAAUAAUAAUUUAUAAUUGUAAUAAUUUAUUUGUACCCUGCCCAUUUGGCUGGGUUUCCCCUCAUUGCUGAAUAUGAACUUGCAAGAGUCCUAUAAUGCUAUAGCAGACCAAGAAAUAGCAUGUGCAGUUUUAGAUAAAAUAAAUAAAAAUAAAAUAAGUCUGAAAUGCCUCUCAACUUCAUUGGAGGCGCAGAGGUGGCUGCUUCCCUGCCUGAGUCCUGGGCAGUGUGGGCUCUGAAUCCUUAGACAGCAGUUUGAGAAGCGGCUCAGGAUCGCAAUACCUCAAGGACUGCCUCUUUCCAUAUGAACCUACCUGGACCCUGAGAUCAUCUUCUGAGGCCCUCCUUCAUGUGCCUCCUCCUCGAGGGGUUUGGAGGGUAACAGCAUGAAAACGGGCCUUCUCUGCAGUGGCUCCCCGUCUGUGGAAUGCUCUCCUCAGGGAGGUUUGCCUGGUGCCUUCACUAUACAUCUUUAGGCACCAGACAAAAAUGUUCUUUUUCAACCAGGCCUUUGCCUGACUUGAUCUACAUCAAGGGUCAGCAAACUUUUUCAGCAGGGGGCCAGUCCACUGUCCUUUAGACCUUGUGGGGUGGCGGACUAUAUUUUGGGGAAAAAAUAUGAACUAAAUCCUAGGCCCCACAAAUAACCCAGAGAUGCAUUUUAAAUAAAAGGACACAUUCUACUCCUGUAAAAACACCAGGCAGGCCCCACAAAUAAUGCAGAGAUGCAUUUUAUAUAAAAGCACACAUUCAACUCAUCUAAAAACACACUGAUUCCCGGACUGUCCAUCGGCCAGAUUUAGAAGGCGAUUGGGCCGGAUCCGGCCCCUGGGCCUUAGUUUGUCUACCCAUGAUUCUACAUCUUAUACCUUUUUAUAAAAUGCUGGCUCUUUUGGGGGGGAGGGUUAUUGUUGUUGUUUUGAUUUUAUGUAUUUGAUAUUUUAUGUGAACCGCCCUGAGACCUUUGGGUAUAGGGCGGUAUUGAAAUUAAAUAAAUAAGAGGAAGAAGAAUCAGUAUUCAGAGCAAAUUGAAGUUGCUGUAGACUGUAAUGUGUGCCAGUGGUGAAUUUUGCAUGUUUGUGGUCCCCCCCCCCCCCAGAUUCAUGAUAAAAACACACCUUGGAAGUCUUUCCUUGUGGUUGUUGAAGGAGCGUCUAAGAAUGAUGAGGAUCAUAAAACAGAGGCAGACUAUAACGUGGCUCGUUCCAAAAUAUCCGAGAAGCUGCUAUCGUUCUCUGAAAAUGGGCACUAUCAGGGUCUGACGGCUAUCCAAGGAAAUAUGACUGCGCUGCAUGAAAAUGGAUCGUCCGCAGUGACAGACUGCAAAUCAAAGGGCGCUGCAGGGUCUCCGGAAACCGCUGUAGCUACAACUUUGCAUGAUCUCACAGUGUUGCACACCCAGACUGACUCAUUUCAGCCUCCACUUUACACCUUGGUGACUAUAGAAUAG